UGAGUGCAACUACCACCUGAAAAAGAAUAUAUGUUUGUUUGUUUAUGUGGGCAACCGGGAUUUUAAUUUUGCUCAAUUUUAUUGCUAUUUAUCUUAUGCUGAAAAACAAUAAGAAACAAUGGCUAUUGAUGACUACUGUUGAAAAUAUGGGUCUAUGAAUUCUGCCUGAUGUAUAGCUAAACAUUCAUCCAAUUUUGUUUGAUAAUGGAUGACACAUCUGCGGUAGAAGUUGCUGUGAAAUCAGCUUCUUACAACAUAAUUUUACAGGUGUUAAUGCGUGUUUUAUCAUCCGUUUCAAAUGCUGUUAUUCUUCGACUUAUCUCCAAAGACGAAUUAGGUGUUAUCAAUGUAAGACUUAUGCUGUUGUACUCAACAUGUCAUUGUUUUAGUCGAGAAGCUUUUCGUCGUUCUUGUUUGUCAAAAUUUGAUGGAAAAAAUCCCGAAAAACAAUUUAAUUUACUCUGGACCAUUAUUCCCACAAGUUUGAUUUGCUCCGCAAUACUGAGAUUUGUUUGGCUUUUUAUGUUAGAAACACCAGAGUCUCAUCUGGUCUCACAUUAUUCAACUGGUGUGAAUGCAAUUCUACUUACUGUGUUGAUUGAAAUCAUGGCUGAACCUGUGUAUAUUUUUAGCCAGAGCUUCCAUUUUGUUAAAUUAAAGAUAUUUAUUGAAGGUAUUUCUCUUACUGUGAAGAGCCUUGGUAUGGUUUUGCUAUUGCAUAUUUGGCCUUAUCAUGCCAUUCAUUCUUUUUGCAUUAGCCAGAUUCUUGGAGCAAUUGUAUACUCAUUUUCAUACUAUAUUUAUUUUUGGAAUUACUUUAAAAUGUUGAAAGAUAGUACCAAUCUAGUACCCAUCAACUCUGUCUGGAAUAUGUUUCCUAAAUUUUCCAGGAAUUUUGUAGAGUUAAAGGAUUUGUUUUUAACAUGGAGCUUUUUUAAACAUACACUACUGAAGCAGCUACUUACAGAAGGUGAACGUUAUUUGAUGACAUUUCUUAGUGUACUAAGCUUUGCUGAACAAGGUAUGUAUGACGUUGUGAACAACUUGGGAUCUUUAGCUGCUCGCUUUGUAUUACUUCCUAUUGAAGAAAGUGGAUACUUAUUAUUUACACAUUUGCUGUCUAGGGACAAGCCUGCUCAUGAACAAAAAAAUGCAUCUACCAGUCUUGUUGUUUUGAUAAAUCUUUUGAAACUGAUGUGCCUUUUAGGACUUGUCAUUUUGACUUUUGGAUUUUCUUACUCACAAUUAUUGCUUUUAUUAUAUGGAGGUCAAACUUUGAGUUCUGGAAUAGCAUUGACCUUAUUGAGGUGGCACUGUGUUUAUGUUCUUUUUCUUGCCUUGAAUGGCAUCUCAGAAGGCUUUAAGUUUUCCGUUAUGAAGCAGCACCAAAUUGACAGGUACAACAAAGUCAUGGUUUACCUAUCUGUUGGAUUUCUGAUUACUGCAUUCUGCUUAGUAAAAUUGUUUGGUGGAGUUGGAUUUAUCCUUGCUAAUUGUAUCAACAUGGCUUUUCGUAUCCAUCACAGUUUGUUCUACAUAAAGAAGUAUUUUAUGAUGUCAUGGACCCAGCUCUUUUCCAAGGUUAUCCCAAAUCCUGCUGUGAUGUUAAUUUUAGGAUUUUCGUUUCUUGUUACAUCCAUUUCUGAGGCAAAUCUUUGCUGUAGCAAGGGAAUUCAGUUCUGGAUUUGGCAUUUUAUCAUAGGCAUCUGUUGCGUUUUCAUCACACUUUUAUCUAUAUGGUUUCGAGAAAGAAGUUUAGUGUUAUUUAUUUAUGAACAAUGGCAAAAUAAAGCAAAAUCAAAAUCUAAUUAAUGUAAAUAUAAUAAUGAAGCUAUG